CGUCUCUCCUCUAAACAGAUCGCCGCCUUGAUCGUUGAGAAUAACCAUGAGACGAACGCGCCUACUGUCGUCAUGCCUCUCAUAAGUCGCGGUUGGUUUCUCAUCAUCCUGUCAACCGGGUUUGUGCUGCUUACUUGCCUGCAAGCGAGGGGUAGUAUUCUGACUCGCGGUAUCGAACUGGUCGACAAAUCGCGGGCGUACCCCGUGUUCGUGCUACGCGCCAUCUCCGAACUCGCCGGCUUGGCACUGGCGGCCACCAUCAACGCCACAUGGGAGAGGAUGAAAUGGGCACUCGUGUGCCGAUCCCGAACCAAUACCACUUUUCUCGACUUUUUAACUCUCGACGAGGGAACUAGGGCCAUGGCCUUGAUGGAUCUCGCUGCCGGGCGUGCGGGGCCAUCACUUCGGACGCGGCUUUGGAGCUUGGGGCGUCUGCUGUCGACGGUCGUGAUUCCGGUCACGGGUAUCCUCAUCAUGAGCCAGGUUGAGAUUCAAAUUGCCUUCACCGAGGAGCCAUCACAGCCUCCGUACCUGGGUUACGACCUCCAACCCAUGAACGCCUCUGUGGCUGUCGAGUACUUCGGCUUCAGCGAUUUAGUCCUGACCGCUAACCCCGGCGCUUUUCUUCACAACCCGGCACGCUCUGUUGACUUGUCGCAACAGGGCGAGGACGCCUCACUCUGCCGUCUCAAUGCGGAUUCCCAGGGGCAACGAACAGGGUGCCACCGGAGCUACUUCAUCGCCGGCGAAAGCGUCUUCAUGACACCUGACCUAAUUAAUGACGCCAGUUUCCCCAAAGCCGAGAUCAUCUACGCGCCAAAUCGCCGUGGUUUCCUGCUCGAAUUUGACGCAGGGGACUCGACCACGCGCUUCGACCCCGAAAAGGAGUGCCGUACUUACUCAUCACGAUACUGGGGCGCCAGGGCCGGCGCCGUGCGGCUCUGCGUGGGCAGCUCCGGCCCGAACGAGCUCCAAGCGCGCCUUGUAAGCUGCCCCGGCUCCAUCGCCGCCCUCCAGCAAUGCCAAAACGACACCUCGUGGUACGACAACGUCGACUGGACCGUCAAGAUGUCGACCUACUUCCGCCACGCCUCGGUCGCCUACUCCCGCUCCAACGGCACCAUCAUCUGGCACUCUUUCACCAACGCUCCGGCCAUCCCGCUCAACAUCACCCCGACCGAGACCCUUUCCGCCUACGACACUCUCCUCUACGACACCUCGAACAUCUUCGCCAAGAACGCCUCGACCCCGCCCGCCGCCGCCUUCUCCAGCAGCACUUUCGCGGCCUACCUGUGGAUGAGCGAGCCCGUGUUUAGCGGCCAGAACGCCACCAACCCGGCCACCAUCAACGGCGUGUUUUCCAAUCUGCAGUCUCUCCUCACCAUACCGCUGUAUCUCUGCCAGAACGGCAUCGCGCGUCGUCUGCUGCCCCUUGCGCUCGGUGCCAAGUCCGUUGACGAUAAGAGCAAGGAUUCGAGUAGGGGCAGCGGAAGCAGCAGCCCUGGGUUUGACGACCUCGUCGGCCUGCUCAGCCUGCUGCCCGACCGCACCAGCCCGGCGUCGUUUGCGUAUCACAGAUAUCAAGUCGCUGCGAGCACGCCAACGCUGAUUGCGUAUAUUGUGCUCAGCGGCGUGGCGGUUCUCUGCUGCGCGGCUGCGCAGUUGUUGGGGAGGUCGGGGGCGUUUCAUUAUGAUGCGGCGCAAAAGAGCCAGAUGGAGUGGUUGGCCACGCUGAGGGUCAGGUACAUCUACACCUUUCGGCUGACGGCCGAGUCGAAGCCGUCGACACCGCCCCGGUGCUGGCGGACGGAGGGGAACCGAGACGCGGGACGAGCUGCGGAGGGGAGGACCAAGAAGAGCACGGACUCGAAGGACAAGAAAAUCUUGCUCAAGAUUUGUCGUGCAACCAAUGUGUACCGCCGUCUUGACGAAUGGCAGUGGCAGGGUGGCUAUAAUCUGUCACUGAUCCGGUAUUAUCCGUACGUGCCCUCGGCGUCGACCGCACCGUCGUCGUCGUCGUCUUCGGCUGUUCCGCGCAAGAUCCCGCAUAGUCAUAAGGUCGAGGCGACGAGGCAGGCGGUGGCCGAGGUUGAGGUGGCGAGAUGGUGGUCGGAUUGGAGCGAAUUGCAGGCGUGA